UAUGGUUCUACUACCUCAGAAUAUUGUUUUGUCCUUUGAUUCUUUACUACAUGAGUCUCAACCUCGUUUAGAAUCAUAUAAACAUCAGAAACGGCCAAGUAUUAGAGCGCAUCUCGAAAUGAAUUUAGCUAAUUCUAUUACAGAUGUUCACAAGAUUUAUCAUAGUACCGAUCAAUCGGAUGUAAAUGAUGUUGAGAUAAUCAAGAACGAGAAAUUUAUAAAUAAAGAGCGUUCACCUCCGAAAGCUGCGUUAUCUCGUACAAAAAUGAAGAGUAAGUUAUCAAGAGAAAUCCUACCGACCAGCUGCUAUUCAAAUAGGGCAUUUGAUGAAGUUGCCGUCGUUGAAGAGGAUUUAAAAAGUUUCGAUGCCGACAUUGAUCUAGAUGAUACUGUAAAAGAUACUCUAGAUAGAAAAUCUCAAAUUCCUACAUCUACAACAUCAGAAUUUCGCCUAGAGGAUAUAGAAGGUGUCUUAGAUACUUCAAAAGCAAUUACCGAUGCCGUUUUAGAGGGUGAUAGCGAUACGGAAGAUGUACCAAGUUUACCCUACGAUACAUAUGAUACAAGUGAUUAUUUCUCAAACUCUCAGCAAAAUUCAGAAAUUAGUUCAAAUAUAAACUCAAACUGUUCAAAUGAUAGAAAAGAAGAAAAAUACAAAAAAUUAACUGGUAUUAACUUAGAAGGUUUAAAUAAUAGCGAAUGUAGCGUCUAA